AUUGUGGCGCCCGUGACCGACCGUGACCACCGUGACGACCGGUGACGACGGUGACGAUUUCGUGAGUCAGUCGGUCUGAGUCGUCCUUAUCACUUUAUAUGCCGUAUGUAAAUAAGGUGUUACGAAAAUGCGAACGGAAGAGUGCGAAUGCCUGUUUUGUUAUACUUUCAUCUGUCUAAAAUGUAGAACAACAGAUUGCAGUUAAUGUUAUGUAGGAUUAAAUAUAAAAAUUAUCUUUAAUCAGAAUCUGCGUAUGAGCCUAGUAAAUGAAUUGAAUAUGAGUAUGUUACAGGUCAGAAGUACUGUGCUGGUGCAGUUGCAUGGAUCGAGUGGAGAUUUCUUGAACUCUGCAUGUAGAGUUUUAUGUGUUCCUAGUGCACACUUGGCUAAAAGAUAUCAUACUUUUUCACUGCACCUUGUAUGAAGUUAAGAGUAUUCAUCUUGAAGUAUAAAGAUGGAAAAUGUCACUCAGGAUCUCAUAAGUGCAGCAGAUCCUCAACCUGCUGGUGACAUUGCUGUGGACAACCUGUACCCAGCAUUACUGGAAUGUUUUGCUGUUAUUCUCUGUGGGUAUGUGGCUGGGCGAAUGAAUCUGAUCUCUCAAACAGAAACGAAGGGUCUCAGCACAUUUGUUGGUUCAUUCUCGCUGCCAGCACUUAUCUUUCUGUCUCUUGCGGAACUGGAUCUCUCUUCUGUAAACUGGAUGUUCCUGCUGUCAGUUCUAGUGGCCAAGACUGUUGUGUUUCUUGUAGUUGUAGUUGUCACCCUUCUUGUCAGUCGUCCUGUCAACACAGGACGAGCUGGCCUAUUUGCUAUCUUCUGCACACAGAGCAAUGAUUUUGCUAUUGGUUAUCCUAUAGUGGGGGCACUAUAUCAGAAGACUCAUCCUGAUUAUGCAAGUUACCUGUAUCUGAUGGCUCCCAUUUCACUCGUGAUUUUGAACCCUCUUGGCUUCAUUCUCAUGGAGCUUAGCAAACAUGAUAGCAGUGCUGUUAAUCAACCUGGUAAUCAUGGAACCACAGCUGGUACAGAAUUGUCAAGGAAGAACAGUAAGCUCCAAGUGGCUGGAGCUGUAGCAAAAAGUAUAAUCCUCAAUCCCAUUGUAUUGAUGACAGCACUUGGUAUUGUUGGGAACCUGGUGUUUAGCCACAUGCUGCCAGUAGCUCUCUCUGGAAUCCUUAAGAUUCUUGGCUCAGCAUUCUCUGCCACAGCUCUGUUCCUCUUGGGACUUCGUAUGGUGGGGAAAGUGCACACACUGCAAGGAGCAACCCUAGUUGUUCCAGGAAUCCUCAUUGCUGUAAAACUGCUAGUUCUUCCUCUAGUGAUACAUGAAGUUGUGAGUUUAUUUCAUCCUGGUACUAACACAAGUGAAACCCUAGACCUCAGUACUUAUGGGUUCCUAUAUGGAGUGUUUCCAGCUGCUCCAGGUGUGUUUGUAUUUGCCACACAGUAUUCACUUGACGUAGAUCUGAUUGCCAGCUCAAUGGUGGCAUGCACUUUCAUAUCAGCUCCACUGAUGUUCAUAUCAGCUAAGAUGAUAACAAUUAACAAGCUGAAACCUUCGGACUAUCUCCAUGAAUUAGAUUCAUUUGCCCUUGAUGUCAGCAUUGCUGGUAUUUUUGCUUGUGUUUGGAUUCUAGUCCUAUUUAUAUGCAGCAAGAAGUAUAAAAGAAUACCUCAUAAGAUCACAUUCUGCUUGGUUGUAUCUCAGUUAAUUGGUUGUGUUGGGACCAUCCUAUGGUCCCUAUUAGAUCGGUCAGAUGCCUGGACCUUGUACCUACAGUUUGUUGUAUAUGCCAUUGGUGUGUACAGCUCAAGGUUGUGGACAGCAUUCCUAGCCAUUGCACUCCUGUUCCUACAGUGUCGCAGCCUCUGCUUUGUUCUCAAGUUGCAGCCUCUGUUCAUUGUGCUAGGUUGGGGCGGUCCGUUGGUAGUGGUAACAGCCCUGAUACUCUCUGUAGAUCCAGAUUACAGUAUUGUUGAGAAGAGGAACCCAAACUUUCAGUAUGGAGAAGUGCAAGCAGCUAUUGCUGUUUUCAUUCUAGUCAUUUCUUUCAUUGUUACUAUUGGUUGUUUGGUUCUCCACCAGCGAUAUCAACGGCGCUAUGCUCGCUACUUAUUGCUUGUCCAAGAUGUAAGUGGUAGGGAAGAUGCCAGUGAUGUAGAAUACGAUGAUACCAGCCCUCAGAUUGUUCAUACCACCAGUGUCACUGAAUGUGGGACAUGUGAAGGAAGUCCUUCUCCGAUGCAUCAGACAGAAUCACACCAGCAAGUGGUGGAUAUUGAAGAAAUAAUGUCAGAUAGGGGUCACACUUUCCGUAGUUUACAUGAGGAAGGAAACUGCUCCAGCCCAGGUGACAUCUGCCCAGCCAGGUUUGGCUGCCCAUCUGCUCAGCGAGACCAGUGCCGUAAUGUUGUGAAGCACUACCAUACUCAAGAGGCUAUAGAAGAAGAAGACAGUGAAGAAGAUCGCCAGACUCUUAGGCACAUAGUGCUGCUAAUCCUGCUUGCCUGUUCUAUGUUUGUGGGUAUAGCACUGUCUGUCUGGACACUGGUGAUGGAGGAGAUGUCUGGCAUCUAUGUAGAGUUGGCAUUCCUGGAUGCAAGCUUUAACUUUGGUCAGUCACUUAUUGUAUUUGCUAUAUUUGGACUUGACCCCAAGUGUGUGAUACAACCAUUGGUGAAGAGGUGGCGAUGCUUGUUGUAUGGAGCUGCUGAGUUGAAGCUUCCUGCAUGGGAGGAUCUUGGCUUUGAAACUAAGCAUGUCUGUGACCAGUUUGCCACCCAUCACUUGGAGAAAUGUCGUCGUGAUAUAGCUACUGACAGGAGGUGGCAUCUGAAACAUUACAAGGAGACUUUCUCAGGUUCUGCACUUGUAGACUGGCUGCUGGGAGUUGGACUGGCCAGGGAUCGAAAUCAAGCUGUUCAGUACGCACGCCACUUGUUGGAGGGUCGAGUUAUACGUCAUGUGGAAAAUCUGUACCAUUUUCAUGAUCAAACUACGCUCUAUACUUUCAUGUCUGUACAAGAUAGAUACUAAUUCAUUAUUCAGUGUAGAUGUACAAGUGUUUACAGUUAAUAAAGGAAGCUAAAUACA